AUGGCCAAGAUAAAGGCUCGAGACCUUUGCGGGGAGGAGGAGCUGCGGAAACAGCUGGACGACCUGAAAGUGGAGCUGUCCCAGCUGCGCGUCGCCAAAGGGACAGGCAGCGCGGCCUCCAAGCUCGCUAAGAGCCGAGUCGCCCGCAAAUCUAUUGCCCGUGUUCUCACAGUUAUUAACCAGACUCAGAAAGAAAACCUCAGGACCUUCUGCAAGCGCAAGAAGUACAAGCCCCUGGACCUGCGGCCGAAGAAGACACGCACCAUGCGCCCCCGGCUCAACGAGCACGAAGAGAAUCUGAAGACCAAGAAUAGCAGCGGAAGGACGCGGUCAAGGCCUGAGUGGCGCGCUGUAGCUGUGAUGACCAAGAGGAUUGAAAUUCUGCUACCACUGGCUUCAUGGAACCUGGUUCUAAGAUACUAG